GGCAGGGAAGCCACCACCUGGGUUACAUCUGGAUGUAGUCAAAGGAGACAAACUCAUUGAGAAACUCAUCAUUGAUGAGAAGAAAUACUAUCUCUUUGGGAGAAACCCUGAUCUGUGUGAUUUUACCAUUGACCACCAGUCCUGCUCUCGGGUCCAUGCUGCCUUGGUCUAUCACAAACAUCUCAAGAGGGUUUUCCUCAUAGAUCUAAACAGCACACACGGCACAUUCUUGGGUCAUAUCCGUUUGGAACCUCACAAACCCCAACAGAUACCCAUUGACUCCACGGUUUCAUUUGGUGCUUCUACACGGGCCUAUACGCUGCGGGAGAAGCCUCAGACGCUUCCAUCAGCGGUUAAGGGAGAUGAGAAAAUGGGCAGCGAAGAUGAAGAGCUCAAGGGCUUGCUGGGCCUGCCAGAGGAGGAGACAGAACUUGACAACCUGACAGAGUUUAAUACAGCCCACAACAAAAGAAUUUCCACACUAACCAUUGAGGAAGGGAACUUGGAUAUUCAGAGACCAAAGAGAAAACGGAAGAACUCCAGAGUGACGUUCAGUGAUGAUGAUGAAAUCAUCAAUCCGGAGGAUGUGGACCCUUCUGUUGGGCGUUUCAGGAACAUGGUACAGACAGCAGUAGUCCCUGUUAAGAAAAAGCGGUUGGAGAAUCCAGGCUCACUGACCACAGAUGAUACUGCAUCACGACGGAUGCAAAACUUCCCCUACAGUGGAGGAUUGUACGGGGGUCUACCUCCAACCCACAAUGAGGCAGGGUCCCAGUCGCACGGUGGCCAUGGGACAGCGCUCAUAGGUGGGCUGCCAAUGCCCUACCCCAAUCUCGCCCCAGAUGUGGACUUGACUCCUGUUGUGCCCUCAACAGUCAACAUGAACCCAGCUCCAAACCCUGCUGUCUUUAAUCCUGAAGCUGUGAAUGAACCCAAGAAGAAGAAAUAUGCAAAGGAGGCAUGGCCAGGCAAGAAGCCAACCCCUUCCCUGCUGAUCUGAGCUGGUGUUUGUGGAGGGCGGGUGGGAGUCACAAACUCCAGAAACUGUUGAUGUGCAGUAUCGUCUUUUUAAGAUUUCAAUGUCCUAACCAGAUGUAAUACCAAGAUUGGAGAAGUGAAACAUCCUUUAAAGAUCUGUCUUCAAACAUUUUUAUAUGUCUGUUAAAGGAAAAAAAGAAAUACAGCUCCCAUCUCCUUUUGAA